UAUCAAUAGUAUAAUCCACAAACUAUAUGAUACCUAAAGAAAUUCAAUAUAUGAUGUUUUCAUCAGAACCAGAGGUCAUCCCAGCUGCUCCUGCUCCACAGAAGCCAAAGCCUCUGAUGCAGAUCCCAGUGACAAUUUCAGAGCCACCUGUACCUAAAGAACCUCCCCCAGAAUUUGAAUUCAUGGCUGAUCCACCAUCUAUAUCUGCAUUAGAUCUGAAUAUCGUUAAACUGACUGCACAGUUUGUGGCAAGGAAUGGACGUCAGUUCUUAACUAAUCUCAUGAACAGAGAGCAGAGAAACUAUCAGUUUGACUUCUUACGGCCACAGCACAGUUUGUUCAACUAUUUCACCAAGCUUGUGGAACAGUAUACAAAGGUUUUGAUUCCCCCAAGUGAUAUCAAAGAGAAGUUGCAAAAGGAUGCUUAUAAACCCAAAGAGAUUCUGGAUCGUGUCAUGUACCGUGUUGAGUGGAUUAAACAGCAAGAAAGAGAAAAAAAGAAAUUAGAGGAUGAAAAAGAAAAAGAAAGAGUUGCAUUUGCAUCAGUGGACUGGCAUGACUUUGUUGUGGUGGAAACAGUGGAAUUUAAAGACAACGAAACAGCCAACUUGCCUCCACCAGUAAGCAGAGAACAGCUUGGAGCCAGGAUAUUAGCGCAGGAGCGAUACGAACAAGUACAGGAUGAUGGUCCUACGCCAGAUGAUAUGGAAGUCAACAUGGAUGUGGAGAUGGAAGUUGACGAACCAGAGCCGACGUUUUUACAAGUUCCUCCCCCUCCCCCUCCUAUGAAAGAUUCAACUGGGAAAAACACAGACAUGAAUGAGGUGCCUCUUCCACCGAUCCCCUCUGAACCUGGCCCCAAACCGCCCCUACCUCCCACAGCCCCAGGAUCGAACAUCCAAAUCCGGAGAAAUUAUGAUCCAAAGGCUCCUAAAGCGGCUGCACCCCUGGCUCAGACGGACAAGUUCCUGAUCUCACCAAUCACAGGCGAGCGGGUUCCUGCAGAGAACAUGGCCGAGCACAUGAAGAUAAGUCUGUUGGAUCCGCGCUGGAGGGAGCAGAGAGAUAGAGUGAUGCAGGAGAAGAAGGAGCAGGAACAAGUGUUUGCUGAAGGUAUGUCAAUUGGAAGCAGUCUGAAGCAGCUGGCCGAGCGCCGUACAGAUAUCUUUGGAGCUGGUGACGAAGAGACUGUCAUCGGUAAGAAGAUCGGAGAAGAAGAUAUCCGAAAACCAGAGAAGGUCACAUGGGAUGGUCACACUGCUUCCAUGGCGGCCACUUCACGCUUGGCUCAACAAGGCGUGACAAUUGAACAACAGAUCGAGGCCAUACACAAAUCGAAGGGACUCACGCCCUCAGAAGAACGAGAAAGAAUUGGACCCAAAGUUCCAGAGCAAGAUAAACCUCCCGAGGCGCAGUUACCACCGACCACAACUAUCCCGCCCCCUCCCUCCUUGAGUACCAUGACCCCAUCACGAGCGCCACGAGCGCCACCACCGCCCCCUAUGUCCGCGAUGAUGAAUCUGCCACCACCUCCCCCCAUGCUCCCCCCUGGUGCACCCCCACAGUUCAUGGGUAUACCACCUCCGCCACCCCCGGGAGGUCUCCCGCGCAUGCCGCCUCCACCGUUUGUUAACCCCAAUCCUCCUGUUGCACCUCCCCCGCCAAGUAAGCGAGAUAUGGACGGAGAUGACGCGGCUGGUAAGAAGUCCAGGACUGAGCCGGCUGAAGCAAAUCUUGUUCCCGAGGAUCAGUUCCUCUCCUCCAACCCUAACCCGGUCACCUUUGGUGUCCAAAUCCCUAACAUGCCAGACAAGUCAGAGUGGAAAUUGGAUGGCAGCACAGUUCGUCUUACUUUGCCGCUGACGGAUCAGAUUUCUGUCAUCAAGGCUAAACUGCACGAGAUAACUGGUAUGCCAGCUGGAAAACAGAAACUACAGCUUGGGGGAAUUUUCAUCAAAGAUUCCAACUCGUUGGCAUAUUACAAUGUCACUCCAGCCAGUGUAGUGCAGCUACAACUCAAGGAACGCGGUGGACGAAAGAAAUAAAAGACUUUGCAGUCCCAGAAGCCGAAAAGUUGCCAAUUUCGUUCAGUUGUUUUUGUUUUACUGUAAAUGCUUUCUCAAGACAAGUCCCCCCCCUUUCCGUAUAUCGACCCCUCUCAUGAGCGCCCUAUGUAGAACUACAAUUAUCUCAUAAGCUUCCUUCUAAUCUACUCU